UCGACAUUCAAUGUAUUGUUGGUAUAUAUCUAUCAUUCAGUAUUUAAAUUAAUUGUGUUUUGAAUUUUAUUGAAUAAAUAGUUUUUAAAAUUUAAUUAUAUUAUAGAAAUAUAAAAUAUUGUAAUAUAAUAUUUCUAAUCAAAUUCAUUUGUAAGCCAUUACUUACGUAUCCUGAUAUUAUUAAUUUGAAGUAAACUACAAAUAGAAUUUAAUUUAAUAAUUACACAAUCAAUAUAUAUAAAAAAUCUACUUAUUUAAAAGGCGUGUGUCCUUAUAAAAGAUGAAUGCCAUACAAAAUUCAUCAUGUAGUACUGAUCAAAAUCAAUUUAUGAAACCUGAAAUAUAUGAAUCAAAAAGUUAUAGAAAUUGCUUUCACACGAUCAGAAUAUUUGAAGUCCUACAAUUAUUCCGCGAAAAUGAAGUUUUAUGUGAUAUAAAAUUACAAACAGACGAUGGUACCGUACUAUGUGCACAUAAACUUGUUUUAGUAUCUGUAAGUCCAUAUUUUCAGGCAAUGUUUACACGUUUUAAUGAAAGCAAUAAAGAUAUUGUCAAUAUAAGAUAUCUGGAUUCCACUGUUUUACAGCUGUUAUUGGAUUAUAUUUAUACGGGUGAAAUCAUGAUAAGUAAAAAAAAUGUCCAGGUUUUGUUACCAGCUUCAAAUCUCUUACAGUUAGAGUUUGUAAGAGAUGUAUGUGUUGAGUUCUUAAUAAAACAACUGAAUCCUUCAAAUUGUUUUAGUAUCAGAGCAUUUGCUGACUUACAUGACUGUAUGGAAUUGUUGUCAAGUUCUGAAGCAUACAUUAAAAAACAGUUUUUAGAAGUGGUUAAAUAUGAUGAGUUUUUAUCUUUAUCUUCUGAAGAACUGAUUUAUCUAAUUUCAAGUAAUGAUCUUAAUGUUGCAUUUGAAGAAAAAGUAUUUGAAUGUGUUAUUAAUUGGGUAAAACAUGAAUUAGAUUGUAGGUAUAAUAGCUUACCUAGAUUAAUUGAACAUGUACGUUUGCCUCUAAUAUCCUUAGAAUACAUAACAAAAGAAGUUGUUGAGGAACCUCUUCUUAAAAAUAGUCCUGAAUGUAAAGAUUAUGUAAAUGAAGCUUUAAAUUUUCAUAAACUUAAGACCCAAGAAAUUAUUAUUAUUCCACAAUCAAUUCGUAGUACACCUAGACUGUCUGGAUAUAAAGUUAUUCUUAUGUUAAGUUUAUCUCAAAGAACAAUGAAGUGUAAUGCAAACUGGUAUGACCCUAAAACCAACUUAUGGCAGACUGCGGUUGGAGUGGGUGAAUGCCCUAGGCCAACUGGUCUAGCAAUAGUGACAAGUCAAUUUGUGUUUUCUUUGGGUAGUUUUUAUAUGUCUAAUUCUCGGUCUGUUGAAAUGCUUGAUUUAUUUUCAUAUGCACCCUGUUGGAUGCCAAUGGCUGAUAUGUUAGUUUGUCGAUAUAAUUUAGGAGUUGGCGUUUUAAAUAAUUGUAUAUAUGCUGUCGGUGGAUCUAAUGGUAUUGGUAGUCUAAAUAGUGCAGAAGUUUUUGAUGUUAGUAUUAAAGAAUGGCGAAUGAUAUCUAAUAUGUCUACCAAGAGAAGUACUUUUAGUGUUGGUGUACUCGAUAAUUUAAUAUAUGCAGUAGGAGGUUAUAGCGGAUCAGAAAUUUUAAAAUCUGUUGAAUGUUAUAAUCCAAAUCUUGAUACUUGGACAUCAGUUGCAGAAAUGUCAGUAAGUCGCUUUGGUGCUAGUAUUGGAGUCUUAGAUGGUGUUAUGUAUGUUGUUGGUGGUAAUAAUGGAUCAGGGCAUCUUAAAAGUGUUGAGGCUUAUAGACCAAGUACUGGAGUUUGGUCAUCUAUUGCUGAUAUGCACUUGUGGCGAUUCAAUCCUGGAGUGUUUGCAUUGAAUGGUUUAUUGUAUGUUAUUGGUGGAAAACGUGGAACUACUUGUUUACAUUCUGUAGAAAUUUACAACCCUAACACCAAUACCUGGAACAUAGAAGCAUUGUCAAAAAAUUUUGAUCAAAUCAUUGGUGGAGUAGAGGUAGAUAGGCUACCUCAGUUUAGAUUCCAUUAGCAUAAAUGACAUCAUUGUUUAUUUAUAUACAUAUAUUGUAAUUGUAUAUAGCACUGAAUACAUAAUUAUGUAUAUCCCUAAUGAUAAAAAGGUUAUUAUAUUUUUACUAUUUUUACUAGUUUUAUCAAUUUUAUUUUUUGUAAUUGUAAUUACAUUUUUAAAAUUUAAU